UUUGCGCAGUUGCAUGGAGAAGGGUGCAGCCAUUAUUUUUUGGUGCUUCACUUUUCACUCCACGUUGUAGACUAAAACAGGAGAAAAAAUAAUCCUUUCUUAGCUCUUUCUAAACUCUGUCUAUAUUUCUGACGCACUUCUUAGGGAAAGUAAGUAAACGCAGGAAGCCUGAGGAUAGUGUAGGUGUCUGUUUAUGCGUAGUUUUUAACACCCACCAUAACACGGAACCCUUAUUAUUAACACGCACUCUGAGACCCAGUGCAGUGAUGGACGUAUCGCUGAAAAUCGAGUCAUCUGAAAGUGUUAUGUCUCCAUCCUGCGAUGAAAGUCCAGCUGCAACUGAGUCGACUGCGAGCACUUCUUCUGUAAUUCCGGCUCAUCAUGUCGAGCAGAUUAAGGAGCCGACUCCUGUGUUACGUUACCCUAUCAGUAUAAACAGUGCUGUAUCUGUAUUUAGUGACCAGAAAGUACCCCAUGUUGUUAACAGGGAGGAACCAAGAAAGGGUACUGCAGCACGGGGCUACCCUGAAGCUGUGUCUACUUCAUCCGAGUUUACCCACCGUGCUAUUGUGCACCUUAUUGAAGCGAUGCAUCGUUGCUGGGACAUGUAUGGAUCCCAUGAACGCUCUCGACUUUUCCAAAAUGUCCAGAGUGAGCUGGAGAACCUUGGACACUCUCUGCCAGUAGAAAAAAUUAGAAGAAAAUGGAACAACCUCAUUGUCACCUACAAGAGAGUAAAAGAGCGCAGCAGGCUGGGCAGAGGCCAGGCCAAGACCUCAUGGGAAUACUUUGAGAUGAUGGACAAAGUGUUAGGAAAAACAAAGAUCAAUCAGAAUGAUCCUUCUUCAGCCACUCUUGUUGGUUAUGCAACCACAUCUAAAACAGCUGUAAGAUCUGAAGAGCAUCAGCCGCACAGUGUGUCAGUCGCUGCAGUGGCCACCCCGUGUUUGCUAUCUAGUGGACUCUUCGCCAACCCUUCCCCAAUUCCUACGUUGGUGACAUCCCCAUUGUUGUGUAACACAUCCCUAAAACCAAACCCAAGCCCUGCAUGCAGUACUGACACUGCCAGGCCCACUGUUUCCCCCAAACCUGCUUCCAAGUACACAAGGCAACCACUGAAACGGAGGUUUCGUCAUCUUCAGCUCGGCUCAGUGGCCUCUCGCUAUGCUCAGCAGCAGGGGUAUGCAGGUGAGCGUACUGCCCUUCUUCGCAAUUUCAUCAGCAAUCAUGAAGAACGUGUACACCUGGAUGAGCAGCGGCAACGCAAAAAGGACGCCCGCGAGCGGCGCCAGGAGAGAACACUGGGCAGCAUGGCUGAAGCGAUGGGAAGGAUGGCAACAGCCCUGGAGUUAAUCUCAUCCAAGCAAGACACCAUCAUUGCCCUGCUCCAAAGACUGUCUGAUAAGCAUUAAGGAACUAAUCAAAAGAGGAUUUUUAAAAAUAUAUAUUAUUCCAUUAUCUGCAAAUGGACCUAUGUAUAUGUACAGUAUUAUUUUUGUGUUCAAUAUUGGUUAUUCAUUACAGGUAAAUAUACAAUUAUUGCUGUAGGAAAGCUGUAACAUUUUCCCCUUACUUUGUUAACCAUACUACAUUUUAAUGCAAAACUGUCACCAAAUCUCCAUCUCAAUGUUUUCUGAUAUUUUAUACAAGAUGUAUGUGAUUACAAUUAGUUUCAGAUGUAUACAUUCUCCAUAUGAUGUUUUUGUUAAACUUACCUUGUUUAAUUUGAUCUAAAUAAGUAAGGUUGAACUGUAACUCUUAAAUGUAAGCAGAGCAAAUAAAAACAGAAGUUUUUUUUAA